GACAGACAGACCACUCCACACAGGCAAGGCAGCAGGCAGCAGCGGCAGGCGUCAAUGAGUUGGCGGCGCUGGGCAGUGCCGGUGGGAUCGGGAAGAGAACGAGAAGGAGUGAUCGGCCACGAACCUGGCACAGACGAUCACAAACAAAGUUCCAGGCAUAGAAACCCCCAAAAGUUCACGGCACUGGCGGCGGAGCUGAGCGACAUCGAAGUACCGGGUUACGAGUUUGGGCCACAGGGCAUCGGGCUGAUGCAGGAUGGCGGCCCAGAGGAUCCGUGCCGUGCAGGCGGCCGACAUGUCCCGCAGUCACUCGGAGGGCGACCUCAUCGACUUUGACGCCGACGACGAAUUUUCCUCAAAACGACUCUCCGACAGCAUACCCGCGAACGCGUCAUCGCCCUUCGCCAAGAGCUCGGUGUGCGAGGUGGUGGCCGUGCGUGACUUCUCGCCGGCCGUCUUCCCCGCGCUGUCCAUGCAACGAGGCGACCGCCUCUCCGUGCUCGACACUGCGGGACCCGAGUGGUGGUACGCACGCAAUCACCGCUCUGCCGGCUUCAUCCCAGCGUCCCACGUGCGCCCGCUCGACGGGGCGGCGCCCCUGCGUCGUGCGCUCGCAGACAGUGGCAUGGUGGACUCCGGCGAGGGGGACAGCGUGGAGAGCGAGACGGAUGGGUCCUCUGGUGAGGGGCGGCCUCUUGCAGAGACGCCCGGCCGCGCAGAAGGCGCCGUCGCGCUGACGGAAGUUUCGCCGGCAGAGCGGCCGAUGCUCGCGAACGGCGACGCCGGGGACCGCCACUCCUGCGCCAGUACGGGUGACCUACUGCUGGAGCGCAAGAUGGGGAACAACCCGUUUCUGCAGAGCGCUUACAUUUCGAACCCAUUUCUGAAUGAUAUUAUGACUCCAAGUCCUUCAAACAGUUUCCACAAAGCUGAAAAUACGUCUGCCGAAAAACUGUUGUUUGACUUCGAUUCCAAAAUGGUUCUGAGGAACGGUGUCGUGAGUGCAGACUCUGAACCGCAAAAUAACAUCGCGUCAAGCGGCGUUUACAGUUCCAACGACGUCUUUGCAGUGGACAACUCUGAUGCCUUGGUGUGUAUGGACUUGAACAUGGAAAAACUUCUGAGCCGGCAGAUGCGAUCUGGCAAUGGCCAAAAGCCCAGCAGACACGAUAGUGGGAGGAACAACAAACAGAGGUCGCACAGCCUUUCGGAGCUGAGUGCCAUGCAAGCCACGCAAGCGGGGCAGGACACGAUGGACUUCCUGGACCCACUGGGCAAACCCCUCACUCAGGACUAUGGUUCACUCCACGACCGAGAGGCCUACCGGACGGCCUGGCUGCAGCAGCGUCAGAUGACGCGGUCGUGCCACAACCUGGGUGCCCUGUGCCGCAACCCCGGCUGGGGCCAAACACAGCCUCUCCAGACCCAGGCUGUGUUCCGGCUGGAAAGCUCGGGGGGCUCCGUGCAGGUACCCGAGACGUCCGUGAAGCUCCACGCGGCGCCUCUGCCGACGACCUCUUGUCUGGACGACGACAAUGGUGCCGGCGUCACCAGGGAGGUCAGACUCAGGGCCCUGCUUGACCCGCCAAUCAAGCUGAGCGGAGACAUGAUGACGGCCGUCAGCCCCGUGGUAGAGGUGCGUCUUGUUGGCCACCCAGUGCUGAACCCACUGAUGCUGGAAAUGAGGGUGGCGGCUCACGUGAAAGAGGAUCCGCUGAGCCAGAAGUGCGCUGAAAUUGUGUGCCUGGGUGCAGAAAAUCCCGAGGGCCCCUACGCCCUCCUGCCCGAAUCCUAUGUCCAUGGAGACAUCAUUCAUGUUCAACUGGACAAUAAAAGGCAUUGUAUCUAUGUGGUCGCAGUGGCCCAGUUGAAGAGCAAUGGUAGUUCACUUCCGUGGGAUGCCCUGCAAGAUGCGGAGAGCAUCAAAGAGGCCCUGGUUAGCCAACCACGUGCAGUAUCUGAAACCUCGUCAAGAGAGCAGCAGGUUGUUUCACAGAUGGCACAGAAUGCAAGCGGCAGCCGAAGUUCCCACACAGGAAAAACAAUAUGGGAUUUCAUUCGAAGACAGAUGACACUGGCAGUCUACGGGCCAAAGCACCUGCACCCGACCUUCACUCUAGUGCUUGCACUGUUUGGUCACUUCGAGGCUCCAUCUACUCUGCCUUCAACAGACACCAACUGGGAAGGCAAAGUGGGAAAGAAAAGCCACCAGCAGCCAAUUGGGCUGACUCUUUGGGGGAAGCACGAAUUCAUCUUGAACAGGCCACAGAACGUGGACGUGUCGCUGUUUUCCAGCGAGCAAAAUGUGCAGGUCACUGGCUCCAAAUCGGGAUCCGCCAAGAGCUGCUGCACCGUGCGGGGUUUUCAGCUGCGCCUGGGCCGCGUGUGCCGCAUGGCAUUCCAGCUUUCAUAUCACGACUCGUCGGUAGGCCUCGCCGCGUUUGCACUGCGGGCGCAGCUGCACACCGACGCCCAGGAGCUGCUUACUCAGUUCAGCGUGACGACUCCACCAGCUACAGCGCCUGGCAAGGUGCCCGCACCGCGGCGCUUUGUCAAACGCAAGGAGCUCGGCAGGUCCUUGCUCUCCUCCAUCUCCUCGGCGCCACCCUCGUUCACGGUGCUCGCACAUCGGUCUGCUGAGGCAGCCACCUUUCGAGAGCAUGACUUCACGAUGCCUAUGUGUGCCACAGCCCUGAAGACAAUCGUGCGCCAGACCAAGUUCAUGUACUUUUUGGAGUACAGGAAAGGAGCCACCAUUGGGCUGUUGAGCAAGGAGAAGAUCCGGGCCAGAGGCCAUGCAAAGACCAAGGAGUGGUACGUGGGCUACACGAACGGCUGCGUAGGGCUGGUGCACUGCAAAAACUUGAAGCUGCUUCCAGACAACGAGCAGGUGGCUCCAUCGGAAGUCCCGCACGUGAACACCGGCACCCUCCUCGAGCUCCUGCUACGCCCCUGCCACUCCCUCAACUUCAGCUGGUCCACGGUGUCCACGAAGGUGGCAGAGGGGCUGGCUGACUGGCGGCCGUUAGCCCGGGUGCUGGGCUACCGCGAGGAGGAGAUGGAGGAGAGCUUUGUGGAGGAGGAUGUGGACCGAGUGUCUGCCGUCCUGGAGAAGCUCAAGGGUGACUGCGCAGGUGGUGACGGGAAGAGGAGGUGCUUCUUGAAGGAGCUGUUUUCUGCCCUGCUGCGCCUGGACCAACAUGCCGUGGUGGUGCGCGUGCUGCUCGACUGCGUGCUGCUCACGGUAUCCGUGGACCUGGGCGCCCGGUGGCGCGAGCUUGCCGCCCACUUGGCCAAUGUCACACGGCAGCAGGCCGAGGCCUACGAAGCCCCACACUGCCAGGACGGGGUCCUCCUGCCUGAGACGGUGUGGAAGCCGGCGUUCGACUUUCUGGUGACGUGGAGCGGGUCAUCGCGCGAGGGCUACUGGGACACACUGCAGGAGAUGCACACCGCGCUUGACCGCACGCGUGGCAGCGGGGCGGCGCGCGGGGACCGCGCCCUCACCGGCGUCCUGCUGCUUGCGCACGGCCUGGACACGCUACGAGCGCACGCCUUCCCAGUCGCCGAUGGGUGACCUGCUCCUCUUUGUCAUCGGGCCUUGCACUGCUGAUGAAACUGAGUGAAGUUGAAACCUGUUCAGGCUUUGAAUGUAUAUAUGUUGAACUUAUUUCGCGGCGUACAUAGCCAACCGUGGCUAGUCCGGCCAUGCUAAACACUGCAAGGAUACAUUGAUCUGCAAAGUCGAUUGAUGGAUUCAAUGCCGUUUAGUUUUGGCGUUGAAAUGAGAACCCCCUUUCCUGCGAAUUUACAGACUGGAAAAAGUUCGCCACAUUUACCUUUAAUUCUGCCGACAAAUAGAAAACUGUAAGCCAGUGUUUUAGGCAAUAACGUUGAGAAUUAAGCCACCGUUUAAGGCAAUGGCCAGAAGAGGAACCAUUUCCUAAAAUGUUAGUAUAUAUUUCAGUUAAAAGGCAGAGAUGACAAUGGCAAUGAUGAGGUGUGUUCAGUCUGUGCUUGUACACUGCUGCCAACACAGUUGUCUAAGUUUUAUUUGUAUGCUUUAUUUAUUUACUUUAUAGCUUCCACAGUUCACCUGGAUGGUGCAUAAUUAUUAUAAACGACUUGUAGUGCCAUCUUCGUUUGCUUUGUUCUAUCACAUUGCAGAAUUGUGCUUAACUAACCAGGAUGGGCCAAGAUUAAAAAGUUAAGCAAAAGGCAUAGUCAUGGCGUGUUAGCAGAAAAUAGGAAGUUGCACACUGUUCUUCUACAUUUGAUUUAAAGCAAAGUAAUAGAUACUCUUUGGUUCUUUCGGUAAAGUCACGUAGGUAGAAAUGUUUUAUUUAGUUUUAUUUUAUUUCUACCUACGUGACUUUACCGAAAGAAACAGAGUAUGGAUUCCUGCAGUCACGAAAGCUUCAAAUCAAGAUCAAAUAAAUAGAAGGAAAAUUAUCACAUCAACAAAAAAUGAAGAUUACACUUAAGUACAGGCCUGCCCGGAAACUUUCUUGAGAUUUUGCGAUAAGCACUGCCCAUGCUGCUCCCAAUGUUGACCAGACACAACUUGUCUGCAGAUCACAUUCCGUUCGCCUGCAUGGCGGGAGAUGUGAACUGUUUUGGAACAGGGAAUGUAAAUAAAUCUGUUUUUUUUUAAAGUGAGCAGUUUGCUUAUCAUCACAGCCAUAUUAAUACUUUAUUUAAAGCAUAAACCUAACUAAUCUGUAAAAAGAGUAUAACUGGUGUAAUAGGAUAUUUUUUCCUAUCUUUAUUUUUUAAGAUGCUUUUUUAUCUUUUGUAGUUAAAGAAUGAAGCCAUAUCUUGUAUUUACGUGAAAAAGAAUCCCACUUUCAUUCAUGUUAACACAAAGUGUAUGGCUGUAGAAAGAUUGCUGAUAAAAAAAAAAACCUUCAAUGUCAGUCAACAUUCAAUUGUAAUGUUAUCUUAUUGAUGUUAAAGUCAUCGGGUUAUAUCGACCCUAUAAAUCGGUGUGCAAAAGCUUGCCUAUGACCAAAAAGAGAAUCCGAUUUAAUUGAACAAGGUUAAAGUGGAUUGAACUGCAUGUUGCUUGACACGUAGAACAUGAAAACACAGCAGAUAGCAAUACAGCACAACCGAAAAAUAACCUUGCAUAGCUCGGUUAAAAUAAACACAUUACCAAUUGUAAUGACCGAGGCAGUAAUUAUAUUAGCCUCGUUAAAAGUUCCAUCACACAAGUCAUGAGACAAUCGUUCCAUUGGCAGGCAAUGUUGUCCACUAUGGCCCUCUAGUGGUUGAUAGCAGUAUUGUGUAGGCGUGGCUCGGCUGCUUUUGAGAUACACGAUACAGCAGAGGUCCCCAACCCCCGGGCCGCGGACCGAUACCGGUCCAUGGCCUGUUAGGAACCGGGCCGCACAGCAGGAGAUGAGCAGUGAGUCCGCACGUGUUGCCAGCCCAUUAUUUUAUUUACCACUUCCAUCCGCGCCUCUUUCCCGCACUGUGCACUUGUCUCAGUCACAGUUUUUGUAAGCCCACAAGCUAACCCCUAGCCAAAAUGAGUAAAAAACAAACGUCGCUGAAAAAUUGCCUUCCACAAAACCGGUCCCUGGUGCCAAAAAGGUUGGGGACCGCUGCUGUACAGUACAGGCAACGUAUAUUAAUUAGUGGACUUUGAACUACUGCUUGUGCAACUAUUUGCAGGUCACCUCGUGGGAGUAUAACAAAUUGGAAUUUGUUCUAGGAGGAGGAAAACAAGUUGUGUCAUUAUGGGCUGAAAGUGUGCCUUGCUUACUGCUGGUGGGAUUGCAAUAGCUCACGUGAAAAAUACCUUUGUCACCUAUUUUAGACGUUUGAGAUAAUAAGGCUCUGGUUUCCAUGCCUUAUUAUUAUUAUCCUUUGUGAUGUGAAAUAUCGGUGGUGUCCCAAAAGGGGUGAAAGAAAGCCUCAAGGAUUUCUACCCAGCCCAUGGUGACAUUUAAAGUGAAACGUUUUGUAACGAAAACAUGACGGCAAUUUGAAAUUAAUUUGUAAAUAUUUAAAUAUUGGUCAUGUUUCUUACACAGUUACGCUUUUUUCACUUAGUUUGCUGUCAAUAGUAUGACAUUUAAGUCUUGAAAAUGUAAACAAAACAAUCACUUAGCACAACACUCCAGUAUAUUAUCGUUUCAUGUUUUAUUUAAUACCGUAAUUUAAUUACAUUCUCAUUGUGCGCAUGUUCAAUUAGCCAGGCACACGCAUUGUCAGAAAGGGAGCAAGUUGUUUUAAUCUCACAUUUUCAAGCACACGGGGUAUGUUGUAUCAAUUUGCUCUCGCUUGUUUCACUGAAAUGUAUCUGUUGGCUUUAGUGGGACUGUACUAAUGCUUUGCUAUUUUCUGAAAACGCGUAAUUCCUAUCUAAUUGGCUGAAUACAUAUUGGUCCCUGCUGUCUGCAGCAGUGAAAGCUAAAUUUUUGUCAACAUCAUUGCUGUAUAUAUUUAGAUGUAGCCUUUAUCCAAUACCUACCAGCGGUACAGGAUGAACAUUCAAGUGCCGCACUGCAUUAGUGUUGGUUGCUAAAAAUGAACUUGAGUCCACAACAUUGUGCAGUCCAUUUCUGGGGGCAUGAUAACUUCAUUCUCCUCGGCCAGGUGUCGGCAAACUGCGACAUUAUUUAUUACAAACCCAGCGUCUCGUAUUCACUUGCUUUAGCGGCUCUUGUAUUGAGUUUUUGACUGAAUUCGAAAAAAUGUAACCCGUAAAAACAAAGUUUUUCACUAUAAAUCCUUUAUAUGCGUGGCGGCUAGAGUCCUCUCGUCCUCUGGCUUGAGAUGGCUGCCACCUAUAGGUCAGAUGAUUGUCUGCCACCAUUAAGCAAUUGGUAAUGAAAUAAUUUUUUUUUAAAUUCCCUAAACAGUGUAAAAUUUUGGAAAUGUUUUUUCACAAAAAAUAAUUGUCACGCACAACGAGUCUGUGUGCAAAAUGUCAGCUCGAUUGGAUCCCGGGCAGUGGGUUAAAAAAUGACCGAAAGAUUUGCACGGUCAUAAGCAAGCACGCAAGCAGGCAAGCAAGUGAACUUAAUAUAAAGGAUUUAAAAAAUGGCUCUUGUCAUUUUAGUUGCCGACCCCUGCGCUAGGCAGUGCGAAGGCCACAUUCAAAACGGCAAGAUGGAUUACAACGCAGAUGUUUCACGUGAACUUCCUCGUCAGAGGCCUAAGAAACAAGUGGGGUCAGCUGGCUUGCGAUUUACGUCUCAGAGCCUCGGGCAAAUCACUCAGAAAACAUGUUCAAAACUGAUCCAUCCAGCCUGACUGCCAAAAGAAUACGGCUGUAGCUAAUAUGACUGUGAGAAUACAGUGGGGAGAACUGUAGCUGAAGUACCUCGUGGCCCCAGGACAUUCCCAGUAAGCUGUUCUUGCUGUUGAAAGGAUAAUUAUCCUCUUCGUGCAAUCGGCUAACCUUCCCUCCCACCCACUUCUGUAGGGGGAAAGGCAGUCGGUUUGCUAUGGCUUAAUGUGUAUUUAUACAUUUCUUGACUAUUUAUUUUCAGUUUUUCUCAUUUUAUAGAUUUGCAUGACUGCAUUUUCUUAGUUAAUAUAGUUAUAUUUUUAUUCUCGCAUGAGUGACAAUAUUGUACAUCAAUUUGUAAUCCUAUAAUGCCAUUGUUUUCUUUUUUACAAUUGUUGAAUGAAAAUGUUGUUUUUAAGCAACCUAGUUUCUGUACCAGAAAAAAAACCUUAAAUUGUACAGAGUAAUUGAGGUUAAUACUGUUUAUGUCAUAUGCAGGUGGAGUAUAUAUUUAAAUAACAAUAGUUUUUUUAAUCUUGAUUUGAAGCUUACGAAUCCAUAUACUUUGGUUCUUUCGGUAAAGUCACCCAGAUAGAAAAUGUAUAGAUCACGACGUUUCGAUCGCAACACAAGCGGCCGUCUUCAGGUGAGAGACAGAGAAAGCUACUGAAACAAGGUCUUACACAGGCCUGAGAUAGCUUUUGCUCACAGAGAAAGGCUAAGUGUUUAGGCUGGCUGAUCUUCGGUAUCAAAACAUUCACCAUCAAUAAAUUGAAUCCAUCUUUUGACUCCAGUAACUAAAGAGAUUGUAAUUAAUAUUCUGUAUAUAGUAAAUAAAAUAACAGUAAAUUAUGUUGUGGUUAUUUUUCAAACAUUACUAUUUGAAUGACCUACUGACUGUAGGGGUUGAAUACUGUGCUAACAUUUGAAAGUCAUGAACGCUGAGUAUAGGGACCCCCCCCCCCCCCCAUUGCCAUAAUAAAGAAUGAGCGCCCGUCACUGGUCAGCACAAGAGCUGCGGUUGCUUUAGGUUCACGCUCCACGUGUAUUGUGAUCAGACGAAGUCCACGUGCUCAAUACGCGAUGUUGUUCUCUUACACCCCGCAGUCGCAUUACACGCCGCAGUGCUUUGUGAACGUGUCGGCGGUGCAUUCUAGGACGAGGUGCGUGUUGGGCUCUGCUGUUGCUGUGUGGGAACAUGUCUCGUGUUUGGCCGAUGAAUCUCGAUGAAGUCGACGUUUUGAUCACGCCAUGGAACGAUUCCUACACUCACGAAGGAGCCCCCUCUGCUGCGGUGUGUUUGGUGAUAAAGAGUUCGAUAGUCACUUAAUUACGUCCUAUGUUAAGUGUAGUAUUUCAAUAGAAAAUGUAUUUAUACCCCUACUGUUGUAUUAGCCAUAUGCUAUAUAACUCCACAUUGUAUAAAGUCUCUUUUUAUAACUUGGCCAUAACGAUGGUAGGAAACCUGAGAAUCAAGUUUCUUUGUGUUUUUUUUUGUCUUAGUUAUUUUAAAUAAACAUCAAAAAAUCUU